UUUUUUUUUUUUUUAAUUCCAAAAGUGCAAGACAAGGAAGAGAGAGAAGCCGGAAUCUGAUCGGCAGCCUUAAGUGCAAGUCUAGUACCAUAACAGUAACUGUUAUUGCUCUUUUUUUAUGACUUAUUUCCUCUAAGAGGGAGGGAGGAACAAAAAAACUUCAGCUAUCUCCUUUGGUCAGUGAUUAUAUUAUUGCUUUGGAGGAAGUGAAAACCCCCUAAGAGAAAGAGACCGAGAAAGAAAAGGAGAAAGAGAGCCUGCGUUUCCCUUGGUCUUCGCAGCAGCAGCAGCGGCAAAAGGACAGACCGAGCAGCGCGCGGGAGCAGCUGCGGAGAUCGGCCAGAGGAUGAGGGACUCCGAGCCCCGGGCUGCGGGGCGGCGGCGGCGACGUCUCCCCAGCGGCUGCGGUGCCGCUGGCCACCGCAGUGGGACUUGCGACUCCUCUUUGGCCACCGUGUCUUUGGCCGGGUGCUGCUCCGCUCCCCGGCGAGCCCCGCUUUGGACUUGUCUCCUACUGUGCGCGGCACUCCGGACCCUCCUCGCCAGCCCGAGCAAUGAAGUGAAUUUACUAGACUCACGCACAGUAAUGGGGGAUCUGGGAUGGAUUGCUUACCCAAAAAAUGGGUGGGAAGAGAUUGGAGAAGUGGAUGAGAAUUAUGCCCCAAUUCACACUUAUCAAGUAUGCAAAGUUAUGGAACAGAGUCAGAAUAACUGGCUUCUGACCAGUUGGAUCUCCAAUGAAGGUGCUUCCAGAAUAUUCAUAGAACUCAAAUUUACUCUGAGGGACUGUAAUAGCCUUCCAGGAGGACUUGGGACAUGCAAGGAGACUUUUAAUAUGUAUUAUUUUGAAUCAGAUGAUGAAGAUGGGCGGAAUAUCAAAGAAAACCAAUAUAUCAAAAUAGACACAAUCGCUGCAGAUGAAAGUUUUACUGAACUGGACCUUGGCGACCGAGUCAUGAAACUUAAUACAGAAGUCAGAGAUGUUGGGCCUCUGACUAAAAAGGGAUUUUAUCUUGCUUUUCAAGAUGUGGGUGCUUGCAUUGCUCUGGUAUCAGUGCGUGUGUACUACAAAAAGUGUCCUUCUGUGGUUCGAAACUUGGCACUCUUUCCAGAUACAAUAACUGGAGCAGAUUCUUCUCAAUUGCUAGAAGUAUCAGGCUCCUGUGUCAACCACUCUGUGACUGAUGAGCCACCCAAGAUGCAUUGCAGUGCUGAAGGAGAAUGGUUGGUUCCAAUUGGGAAAUGCAUGUGCAAAGCAGGAUAUGAAGAGAAAAACGGCACCUGUCAAGUGUGCAAACCUGGAUUCUUCAAAGCCUCACCUCAGAGCCAGAGCUGCAGCAAGUGUCCACCUCACAGUUAUACCCAUGAAGAAGCUUCGACCUCUUGUCUCUGUGAAAAGGACUAUUUCAGAAGGGAAUCUGACCCACCUACAAUGGCAUGUACAAGACCCCCCUCAGCUCCUCGGAAUGCCAUCUCAAAUGUUAACGAAACUAGUGUCUUUCUGGAAUGGAUUCCUCCUGCUGACACUGGUGGAAGGAAAGAUGUGUCAUAUUAUAUUGCAUGCAAGAAGUGCAACUCCCAUGCAGGUGUGUGUGAGGAGUGUGGCGGUCAUGUCAGGUACCUCCCCCGUCAAAUCGGCCUGAAAAACACCUCUGUCAUGAUGGUGGAUCUCCUCGCUCACACAAACUAUACCUUUGAGAUUGAGGCAGUGAAUGGCGUAUCCGACUUGAGUCCAGGAGCCCGGCAGUAUGUGUCUGUAAAUGUAACCACAAAUCAAGCAGCACCUUCUCCAGUCACUAAUGUGAAAAAAGGAAAAAUUGCAAAAAAUAGCAUCUCUUUGUCUUGGCAAGAGCCAGAUCGUCCCAAUGGAAUUAUCCUGGAGUAUGAAAUCAAAUAUUUUGAAAAGGAUCAAGAGACCAGCUACACAAUUAUCAAAUCUAAAGAGACAGCAAUUACCGCAGAUGGUCUGAAACCAGCUUCAGUAUAUGUCUUCCAAAUCAGAGCGCGCACAGCAGCAGGCUAUGGUGUCUUCAGUCGAAAAUUUGAGUUUGAAACCAUCCCAGUGUCAGUUGCAGCCUCUAGUGAUCAAAGCCAAAUUCCUAUAAUUGCUGUAUCUGUUACUGUGGGAGUCAUUUUGCUGGCGGUGGUUAUUGGUUUCCUCCUCAGUGGAAGUUGCUGUGAAUGUGGCUGUGACAGGGCUUCUUCCCUGUGCGCUGUUGCCCAUCCAAGCUUAAUAUGGAGGUGUGGCUACAGUAAAGCAAAACAAGACCCAGAAGAGGAAAAAAUGCAUUUUCAUAAUGGGCACAUUAAACUGCCAGGAGUAAGAACUUAUAUUGAUCCACAUACCUAUGAGGACCCUAAUCAAGCUGUUCAUGAAUUUGCCAAGGAAAUAGAAGCUUCCUGCAUUACCAUUGAAAGAGUUAUUGGGGCAGGAGAAUUCGGUGAAGUCUGCAGUGGACGUCUAAAAUUACCAGGAAAAAGAGAAUUUCCUGUGGCUAUCAAAACCCUUAAAGUGGGUUAUACUGAGAAACAAAGGAGAGAUUUCCUUGGGGAAGCAAGUAUCAUGGGGCAGUUUGAUCACCCCAAUAUCAUCCAUUUGGAAGGCGUUGUGACAAAAAGUAAGCCAGUAAUGAUAGUGACAGAGUAUAUGGAGAAUGGCUCUUUAGAUACAUUUUUAAAGAAAAACGAUGGACAAUUUACAGUAAUUCAGCUAGUAGGAAUGCUGAGGGGCAUUGCCUCUGGAAUGAAGUACCUUUCAGACAUGGGUUAUGUUCAUAGGGAUCUUGCAGCCAGAAACAUCUUAAUCAACAGUAACCUGGUAUGCAAAGUGUCUGAUUUUGGACUUUCCAGGGUACUAGAAGAUGACGCUGAAGCAGCAUACACUACACGUGGAGGAAAAAUCCCAAUCAGAUGGACUGCACCUGAAGCUAUUGCUUUCCGCAAGUUCACCUCUGCCAGUGAUGUCUGGAGUUAUGGAAUUGUGAUGUGGGAAGUGGUUUCUUAUGGAGAGAGACCAUAUUGGGAAAUGACCAAUCAGGAUGUAAUCAAAGCUGUUGAGGAAGGAUACCGUCUGCCAAGUCCCAUGGACUGCCCUGCUGCUCUGUACCAGUUAAUGCUGGAUUGCUGGCAGAAAGACAGAAACAGCAGACCCAAGUUUGAUGAAAUUGUCAGCAUGUUGGACAAGCUCAUCCGUAACCCAAGCAGCUUGAAGACACUGGUUAAUGCAUCAAGCAGAGUGUCAAACUUAUUGGCAGAACAUGGUCCUCUGGGAACUGGGGCCUACAGAUCAGUAGGUGAAUGGCUGGAAGCCAUCAAAAUGGGACGGUAUACAGAGAUUUUCAUGGAAAAUGGAUACAGUUCAAUGGAUGCUGUGGCUCAGGUGACCUUGGAGGAUUUGAGACGACUGGGAGUGACUCUUGUCGGUCACCAGAAGAAGAUAAUGAACAGCCUUCAAGAAAUGAAGGUCCAGCUGGUAAAUGGGAUGGUGCCAUUAUAACUCUGUUUUGACGUCACUUCCUCAAGUGAUAAAUUCUGCACUUUGUAAACUAGCCAUGAGAUUGAUUUUGAUGCAAAGAAACAGGAAAAAAAAAAAAAAAAAAAAACAUUGAUUCCACAAAAUUUGUAACCAGUAUUUGAUGAAAAUCUUUUUUGCUUUCUUCUGUCUUCAUUUUUCAUGAAGUAAAAAAAAAAAAAAAAAAAAUACAACAUGCAUGAAACAAAGAAGUGGAAAUAUGUUUAGGUUAACCAUUUUCUUAUGCUUCUGCAAAAACAAAAUCCUUCCCACAACACUUUGUACAUGGAAUAUGAAUAUAUAUGAAGCACCUUUAUAUCCUGAAUAAUGGCAGCACAUGUUAAUACUUCCAAUGACUUACUUGAAUGGAAAUGGUUUUGUGGCCAUUUGUGGGCCAACAAAAAAGCUGCAGUUUACUGAAGUUUACUUCGAGUCUUAAUUGUCUACAAAAGUGUAUUGAAGAGCAAUAUGAUUAGAUUUUUUUCUUGAUAGAUAUCUCAUUUUAUAAAUUUAAAAUGCUGUUACACAGCAUUAAGUUAUAGAGACUAGUGUAUAAACAUAUUGCUUGAUUAAUGCAAAUACAAUACAGGGUGUAUAUUUAUUUUUCUGUGUUAUAAAAUUGAGUUUAGUUUGCUCUUCUGGAGAUUAUUAAUAAAAUGCCUGUAUAUUA